AGCAGGGUGAUACCAUGCGCCUCUCUCCGAUUCUUCCCGAACACUCCUCAGCCUCUAGCCUCCAGGUACUACAGCUCAAGAUAGAAGCUUUUCCUACUUUCUGAGCUUCACCGUGUCCCCUCAGAAUAGGUGAGCACACACAGCCUGCAUCUUCUGGAAGAUUAGGAGGGCAGUAAGUUGCGUAGCUGCCUUCUGGCUGACAUUUGAGCUCUUCUUUCAGCACGGUCAAGCCUUUCAGAGACAGGCAGUGUAUGGCUUGUAUCAAACUCUAUAUUUAGGAAGAACAACUGUGAGCUAUGACAGGAAUUCUCUUUAACACUUAGCCUCCAACGUGUUCCCCUCCGGCCCUGCGCUGGGAGCAGCUCUCAAUACCGGGAGAGCCACCGAGCACUUGAGCUAUUUCAGCCGCUUGAAAAGCAUCAGGAUUGAGAUCACAGCUCAGAGGACACCGGCCGUCCUUUCUGCUUUCUGAGGAGCCUAUAUUCCUGCACCUGGCCGCCCGGCACUCUCCUUAAGCAGUAAACAGAUCCACAAAGCAGGGCUAAACCCGGGUGAAUAUGUCGAAACAGCCAGUUUCCAAUGUCAGAGCCAUCCAGGCAAAUAUCAAUAUACCUAUGGGGGCCUUUAGACCAGGAGCUGGGCAACCCCCGAGAAGAAAAGAAAGCACUCCAGAAACAGAGGAGGGUGCUCCUCCCACCUCAGAAGAGGAGAAGAAGCCAAUGCCAGGAGCAAAGAAGCUUCCAGGACCUGCUGUCAACCUAUCAGAGAUCCAGAAUAUUAAGAGUGAACUGAAGUAUGUCCCCAAAGCUGAACAGUAAAUUAGAAGAAAAAAAGGCUUGGUGUGAAGAAUUGAAGAGGAAGAGAAUGGAUUUGAAUAAAAACAGCCCACUAAAAAUUUUAUAUAUUUGUAUGAGAUUAUGAACCUCUUGACUGCCUGAGACUCUAGUAGAAAUGUUCUAUUUAUACAUUUCUAUCUCUUCCUUUUAGUUGGUUGUAUUUCAUAUUUUGAUUGACCUGCAAGCUUAGCACUUCACAGAGCAAAUCAUCAGAUAAAUGCACUAUGUGGAGGGUGUGGGUUGGAAGAGAGAUAUGAUAGUAUGGAGGAGGACAUAUCAAAUACAUGUAAGAAUGAUUUCAACGGAAAGUUCUCUAGAAGCUACUUCCCACACAAUUUUGGUCAAUAUUUGAACUGUAUUUUAGUUCUUCGCCUUCUAGAUCAUAUCAAUAAACUUUUUACGAGUUCAAUAAAUAUUUGAG